AUGUCUUCCACCGACAAGUCGAGGCAAUCCUCGGGGAAAUCUUUCUUCUCGCGCAACCGAAAAGACAAACGCAACACCAGUGACGAGGGCCGUCAUUUGGCUGGAGCCGAUAACUUCGAUACCGCUAGCAUACACUCGCGGGCGUCUCGACAUCACCGCGACUCCUCGUCCGUCUCGAUCGACCAGUUUCCCGAUUCCGGCCUUUCGGCUGGUCCCAUGACCAGUAUUCCCUACGAAGCCGUACCCGGUUCUCGAUCGCCAGUGCCAGUCGAAUACCUACCCAAGAGCGACCAGGUCGCGCUGCUGCGCAACGGCCCUUCGCCGCAUCAUCUCAACCAAGGCGGCGAUUUUCACCAAUACCCCAACUUCGACACUUCCAGCAUGGCGGGCGGAGCAGGUUCACAUGCUUCGCGGGCCCCUCCGCAGCCGAAUAUCACAAUGGCCACUACUGGCCGCCAGACGCAAUACCAGCAGUGGGGACCAGGGCCGGCUCGCGUUAGCAUGGCGAGCACAAUCAAUGGGUCCCACAACCCCAGAUACGAUUCGUACAUGACAUCGGCGGGUCGAAGUUCUGCUGACCAAGCCAGCAUAUUCUCUACAGGUAAUGGAGGCACCUCAGACAAGACCGCAAAUCGCUCAUCAAAACCAGCACUACCCAGUGCUUCAUCGCAGAGUUCCUACUCCUCGCAUAUGUCCUAUAGGGACUCGUCGCACCCUUCCUCGCACCGACUGACGAAAUUUCCCGGCAUGGUACCCACCGGACACGAUGGAUUCCACUUCCCCCGACCGGAUAACGACGACAUCGUCGACCAGAUGUUCCUGGCCUUGAUGCAGAAACGAGGAUGGCACAAUCUACCCGAGCAGGCGCGUCGCCAGAUGGUCGCCUACCCGGCCGACAAGAAGUGGACGUUGCUAUACCAGGACCGGUUGACCGAGUGGCAAGGAGAGCAAAAGAGGAGGCAAACAGCAAAACCGAAUCAAUACGCGACACCCGAGAUUUUGGUCAACUCCGACGAGGAGGGAUCUCCAGAAUGGUACGUCCGACGUGUGAUGGAUAACAGCUUGGACACCAAGGGCCUAGGAAGUCUGGAGGUCAACCUCAGAACGCAACAAAUAGGAUGGGUCAAGCGCUUCAUUGAGUGCCAGGGCCAAGUCGCGUUGACGAACGUGUUGAUGAAGAUCAACCGUAAGACCGCCCUUGGACCUGCGCCAGACCAGAAGGCCGACAGGAAUUUGGACCGCGAGUACGAUAUCAUCAAGUGCCUGAAGGCGUUGAUGAACAACAAGUUCGGUGCCGACGACGCCCUUGCACACCAGCAGGUCAUAAUCGCGCUUGCGACUUCGAUGAUUUCACCGCGUUUGACGACCCGAAAACUCGUCAGCGAAGUCUUGACAUUCUUGUGUCACUGGGGGGAUGGCGAAGGACACCUGAAGGUCAUUCAGGCUCUCGACUCGGUUAAGGCUCAGCAAGGAGAGAAUGGCCGCUUCGAUGCUUGGAUGCGGCUCGUCGAGGUUACGGUCGACGGCCGAGGAAAGAUGGGCAGUCUGGUCGGAGCCAGCGACGAGGUCCGCAGCGGUGGUAUUGGCAUGGAGAACCUGUUGAUGGAAUAUGCCGUCGCUACGCUGAUUCUCAUCAACAUGAUUGUCGACGCCCCUGAGAGAGAUUUGCAGCUGCGGAUGCACAUCCGCGCUCAGUUCACCGCAUGUGGAAUCAGGCGAAUCCUCACCAAGAUGGAGUCGUUCCAAUACGACCUCAUUGACAAGCAGAUCGAGCACUUCCGGGCCAACGAAGCUAUCGACUAUGAGGACUUGUUGGAGAAGGAGAACAACAGCAUCAAGGACAGCGUCGAAGGAGAGGUUAAGGAUCUCAACGACCCUGUUCAGAUUGUCGACGCCAUUCAGCAACGUUUGCGGGGAAGCAAGACGCAGGACUACUUUGUCUCCGCACUGCAGCACUUGCUGCUCCUUCGCGAUAACGAUGGCGAAGAGCGACUGCGAACGUUCCAGCUCGUGGACUCCAUGCUCAGCUACGUGGCCAUGGACCGGCGUUUGCCGAAUAUGGACCUCAAACAAAGUCUCAACUUUACUGUCCAGAGUCUGCUGGACAAGCUUCACACAGACUCGGAAGCUCGUCAGGCCCUGGACGAGGCUCUUGAGGCCAGGCGGAUUGCAGAUGCUGCCAUGGCGGAAAGAGAUGAGAUGAGGGAGAAGAUAGAGCUGGGUGCCGACGGUCUCGUAGCAAAGCUUCAAAAGCAACUGGACGAGCAAGCAAGGUUCAUUGAAGCUCAGCGGCGUCAGGCCGAGGGUUUGAAGGCGGAACUCGAAAAUAUCCAAACGCUGCGCCAGAAGGAAGCACAACGUUAUGAGUUAGAAACCAGAGAGCUCUACCUGAUGCUCCGCGACGCUCAAGACGUUGCUGCUUCUAACGCUAUUAAAGGCAGUAACAAGCUCGGAGAGGAAGAUCCGUCUAGAAUGCAAGGUAUUCUGGACCGUGAUCGUCUCAUGGAGCGUCUGCAAAUGCAGAUCGAGCGCCAGAAGACCCAGUUCAAGUUGGAGGGCAGAGUUUGGGGCGAAGCUGUUGGGCCUUCUGACAGGCUUCGCGCUCUUCGAGAGGAAAUGGACGACAGCGCCGUCGGCUCUGGGCCUGGUACACCGCCCAGAGACUUCACGAACAGCAUGCUCGGCAGCGUCAACCGCAACACAAAGAUUGCCCGGAAGCCAGUUCAGGGCCGUGAACUCAUGGAAGGUGAGCUUCUGGAGGAAGGUGAUGAGGACGAGGAUGGCGUUGUCUACGAGAAGCCCAGAGUCGUCGAGAUCCGCCGCCCAGUCAUGGACCCCAACCAGAAGGCCGGGCUCUUCGGCGAGAUGGCUGGAAAGGUCAAGAGAUACGACGCAGACAGCGACUCAGAGAACGGCGAGGGUGCCACCACGGGCCCAUCACACCCAAGUCUGGAGUCGGGUUCUCCCAUCACCCCCGCCGAGGGCGAGCCUCCCAAGAUCCAAGUCACGGGCGUCGGCGCUGCCCCGCCGCCUCCACCGCCGCCUCCGCCAAUGCCCGGUCAAACCGGUGCAGCUCCGCCGCCACCCCCUCCUCCACCCCCGAUGCCGGGGAUGUUGUCGCCUACCGGCGCUCCUGCCCCACCACCACCGCCUCCGCCUCCGCCUAUGCCCGGCAUGGGCGGUCCUCCUCCCCCUCCUCCUCCUCCGCCAAUGCCUGGUGCUCCUGGACUGCCUCCGCCACCUCCUCCACCCCUACCUGGUGCCAUCUCCGGACACUUCCUGUCCCAAUCUACGCCCUUCUCCUCCGCACCUUCUCUCGGAUUGCCUGGCGUUCGCUCGAAGAAGAAGCUCAAGGCUCUUCACUGGGACAAGGUCGAUUCUCCAUUGACUACCCACUGGGCUGCCCAUGCGCCAUCGGCGGAAGAGCGUGAAGAGAAGUACAUUGAACUAAGCAAGAAGGGUAUCUUGGAUGAGGUCGAGAAACUUUUCAUGGCCAAGGAGAUCAAGAAGCUGGGUAUUGGUGGUGGUGCCAAGAAGGACGACAAGAAGCAGAUCAUCAAUGGCGAUCUUCGCAAAGCUUACGAAAUUGCUUUCGCCAAAUUUUCUCAAAUUUCCGUUGAGAAGAUUGUACAAAUGAUCAUUCACUGCGAUAAAGACAUCUUGGAUAACCCGGUAGUCAUGGACUUCUUGGGUAAAGAUGAUCUCUGCAAUAUUCCCGACAACACUGCCAGGCAGAUGGCUCCAUACAGCAAGGACUGGACGGGUGCCAACCCUGACAAGGCGGAACGUGAACAAGAUCCAGCAGAGCUUACCAGACAGGACCAACUUUAUCUCUACACGGCCUUUGAGUUGCACCAUUACUGGAAGGCUAGAAUGAGGGCUCUCGCCUUGACUAGAAGUUUUGAGCCGGAGUUUGACGAGAUCACCGAUAAGAUGCGUCACGUUGUUGGCGUAUCCGAAUCGCUGAGAGAUUCCGUGUCUCUGAUGAACGUUCUCGGUCUCAUCCUGGAUAUCGGAAACUACAUGAACGACGCCAACAAACAAGCUCGUGGUUUCAAACUCAGCUCCUUGGCUAGACUCGGCAUGGUCAAAGACGACAAGAACGAAUCCACUUUGGCCGAUCUCGUCGAGCGUAUCGUGCGCAACCAAUAUCCCGAAUGGGAAGACUUCGCCAACGAUAUCGCCGGUGUCAUGGCAGCACAGAAGAUCAACAUCGAGCAGCUGCAACAAGAUGCCAAGCAGUACAUUGACACGGUCAAGAAUGUCCAAAUGUCGCUUGACGCUGGUAACCUGAGCGAUCCCAAGAAGUUCCAUCCUCAGGACCGUGUUAGCCAGGUUGUCCAGAGGAUCAUGAAGGACGCCAGGCGGAAGGCUGAGGAAAUGCAACUAUACCUGGAGGAGAUGAUGAAGACCUACAACGACAUCAUGGUCUUCUACGGUGAAGACCCUACCGACGAGAACGCCCGCAGAGACUUCUUCGCUAAGCUCGCCAUGUUCAUUGGAGAGUGGAAGAAGUCCAGGGAGAAGAACAUUAAGUAUGAGGAGCAGCGCAGGCGCAACGAGGCUUCCAUGAAGCGGAAGCACCAACAACUCAAUGUCAACAACGGAAAGGUGGAAGGAGCUCCGCCAUCACCAUCCAGUGCGGGUGCGAUGGACUCCUUGCUGGAAAAGCUACGUGCUGCUGCCCCGCAGACACGAGACCAGAGAGACCGCCGCCGCAGGGCACGACUCAAGGACCGCCAUCAGGUGCGGAUAGCAUCUGGACAAAAGAUCCCGGAUCUAAACGAGAACCCGGAAGUCGAAGCAACCCUGGCCCAGCCACCCAAGGAAAACCCCAUCGACGAAGAUGGCAACCCGAUCAGCCCGGGAUUGUCGUCGCCAAGGGAUGCUGCCGAGGACGACGUGGCCGAUCGCGCGGCAAUGCUGCUACAGGGCAUGCGCGGAGGAGACGGUGCCGACGACGCCGACCCGGAGAAGAGAGAGAGCCUGCGGCGCUCGAGGAGGCAGACAGCCGAGGAAGAACGGCGGACCAGGAGACGAAGGCGCGAGAAGGCGACGUCCACCAACACCGCCGCGAUCAGCGAGGGGGAGACGACUGUGACGGAGGCUUCGAAGGAGGAGGAGAUACCCCCAACCCCUUCGGUUGAGAACACACCUGUAGAAGAAUCAUGA